GCGGCUGCGGCCCCACGCUGACCGCCUGCCCUCUGCGUUCUCCCCGCAGGACCUGUCUGUUCCCCGUCGGGCUAUAAGAAGGCGGAUGAUGAGAUGUCCGGAGCCACGUCCUCGGCGGAUCUGGACGAGGCACCAGCCCGCACCAUUUACUUGAACCAGCCCCAGCAGAGCAAGUUCCGUGACAACUGGGUCAGCACAGCCAAGUAUAGUGUGGUGACAUUUCUACCUCGAUUCCUGUAUGAGCAGAUAAGAAAAGCUGCAAAUGCAUUCUUCCUCUUCAUUGCCUUACUGCAGCAAAUUCCAGAUGUCUCUCCAACAGGAAGAUAUACCACCUUGGUGCCAUUGCUAUUUAUUUUAACAGUUGCUGGCAUCAAAGAAAUCAUAGAAGACUAUAAAAGGCAUAAAGCCGACAGUGCAGUGAAUAAAAAGAAAACAAUAGUUCUAAGAAAUGGGAUGUGGCAGAACAUUAUGUGGAAAGAGGUAGCAGUAGGAGAUAUUGUGAAGGUCACCAAUGGGCAACAUCUUCCAGCAGACAUGAUCAUUAUAUCUUCCAGUGAGCCACAAGCCAUGUGCUAUAUUGAAACAGCUAAUCUCGAUGGGGAGACGAAUCUUAAAAUACGACAGGGACUAUCUCAAACUGCCAGUCUCCAGUCAAGAGAGGAAUUGAUGAAAGUAUCUGGAAGGAUAGAAUGUGAAGGACCCAACCGUCACCUUUAUGACUUCACUGGAAACUUGCGCUUAGAUGGUAGAAGCCCAGUUCCUGUUGGUCCAGACCAGAUCUUGCUAAGAGGUGCACAACUGAGAAACACUCAAUGGGUCUUGGGUAUUGUUGUGUAUACAGGACAUGAUACAAAACUCAUGCAGAACUCAACCAAAGCACCUCUGAAGAGAUCAAAUGUGGAGAAAGUGACCAACAUGCAGAUCCUGGUUUUGUUCUGUAUUCUUCUGGUGAUGGCCCUGGUGAGUUCUGUAGGUGCCUUAUUAUGGAACAGAACACACGGUGAAGUCGUCUGGUACCUUUGCUCCAAUGAAAUGCUGUCUGUCAACUUUGGGUACAAUCUGCUGACAUUUAUAAUCUUGUACAACAACCUUAUUCCAAUCAGUCUUCUGGUGACAUUGGAAGUUGUCAAGUUUACUCAGGCUCUUUUUAUAAACUGGGACAUAGAUAUGUAUUAUCCUGAAACAGAUACACCGGCAAUGGCCAGAACCUCAAACCUUAAUGAGGAACUUGGGCAGGUGAAAUACCUGUUUUCUGAUAAAACAGGUACUCUAACAUGCAAUGUCAUGAACUUCAAGAAAUGUAGUAUUGCUGGAGUGACAUACGGUCACUUUCCUGAGCUGGAAAGAGAACGUUCAUCAGAAGAUUUCAGCCAGCUACCUCCUUCCACCAGUGAAUCGUGUGAAUUUGAUGACCCAAGACUGCUGCAAAACAUGGAAAAUGACCAUCCCAGCGCUGUGCACAUACAGGAGUUCCUCACUCUACUGGCUGUGUGUCAUACUGUUGUUCCUGAGAGACAAGGAAAUACAAUAAUCUACCAGGCCUCUUCUCCAGAUGAAGGGGCAUUAGUGAAAGGAGCAAAAAAACUUGGUUACGUCUUCACAGGACGGACUCCACAUUCAGUUAUCAUUGAUGCGCUGGGAAAAGAAAAAACCUUUGAAAUUCUUAACGUGCUGGAAUUUUCCAGCAACAGGAAGAGAAUGUCAGUGAUUGUUCGAACUCCAGCAGGACAGCUACGUCUCUACUGCAAAGGAGCUGAUAAUGUAAUUUUUGAGAGGCUUUCGAAAGAUUCCCAGUAUAUGGAGCAAACACUAUGCCAUCUUGAAUACUUUGCAACAGAAGGUUUGAGGACUUUGUGCAUUGCUUACGCAGAUCUCUCAGAAAACUCUUACCAAGAGUGGCUGAAUGUCUACAAUGAAUCUAGUACAGUUCUGAAAGAUAGAACUCAGAAGCUGGAGGAAUGCUAUGAGAUCAUUGAGAAGGAUUUACUGCUUCUUGGAGCUACAGCCAUUGAAGACCGCCUGCAAGCAGGUGUUCCUGAAACAAUAGCCACUCUAAUGAAGGCGGAAAUUAAGAUCUGGAUUCUGACAGGGGACAAACAGGAAACAGCUCUCAACAUAGGAUACUCUUGCAGACUGAUUUCACAGAGUAUGUCUCUCAUCCUGGUCAAUGAGGAUUCGCUAGAUGCAACAAGAGCCUCUCUGACUCAACAUUGUACCAGUUUGGGGGAUUCACUGGGCAAGGAAAAUGAUAUUGCACUGAUCAUUGAUGGCCACACGCUGAAGUAUGCCCUUUCAUUUGAAGUCAGACAGAGCUUUCUGGAUUUGGCCCUUUCCUGUAAAGCAGUUAUUUGUUGCAGAGUGUCUCCUCUACAGAAGUCUGAAAUAGUAGACAUGGUCAAGAAGCACGUCAAUGCCAUAACACUUGCCAUUGGGGAUGGUGCCAAUGACGUAGGAAUGAUCCAGACAGCUCACGUUGGAGUGGGGAUCAGUGGCAAUGAGGGCAUGCAGGCAACCAAUUGCUCGGAUUAUGCCAUUGCACAGUUUUCCUACUUGGAGAAGCUGCUGUUGGUUCAUGGAGCUUGGAGUUACAAUCGAGUUACCAAGUGCAUACUAUAUUGCUUCUACAAGAAUGUGGUUUUGUAUAUUAUUGAGCUUUGGUUUGCUUUCGUUAAUGGAUUUUCUGGGCAGAUCUUAUUUGAGCGAUGGUGCAUUGGUCUCUAUAACGUGAUCUUCACAGCGCUGCCACCCUUUACUCUGGGAAUUUUUGAACGAUCAUGCACUCAAGAUAGCAUGCUUAGAUUUCCACAGCUAUAUAAAAUUACUCAAAAUGCAGAUGGGUUCAACACAAGGGUUUUCUGGGGUCACUGCAUCAAUGCCCUGAUCCAUUCCAUCAUUCUCUUCUGGUUUCCACUGAAAGUGCUGGAGCAUGAUGCAGUAUUCACAAACGGCCAAGGGAUUGACUAUUUAUUUGUUGGAAACAUAGUUUACACUUAUGUUGUAGUCACUGUUUGUCUGAAAGCUGGUUUGGAAACAACUGCAUGGACUCGAUUCAGUCACCUGGCCGUGUGGGGAAGCAUGCUGCUCUGGCUGGUGUUCUUCGGUGUCUACUCGGCCAUCUGGCCCACGUUUCCCAUCGCGCCAGACAUGCUGGGACAGGCUGGAAUGGUGUUAAGAUGUGGAUACUUCUGGUUUGGCUUGUUCCUCGUGCCCACUGCGUGCCUUGUUAAAGACGUGGCAUGGACAGCAGCCAAGCAUACCUACCAUAAAACUUUGCUGGAGCAAGUUCAGGAGUUGGAGACAAAGACGAGAGAGCUGGGAAAAGCCAUGCUUCGUGAUAGCAAUGGAAAGAGCGUGAACGAACGUGAUCAUUUGUUAAAGAGGCUCGGCAGGAAAACUCCUCCGAGCCUUUUCCGUGCCCAUUCUGUCCAGCAAAGCGUAUCACAUGGGUAUGCAUUUUCUCAAGAAGAGCACGGUGUUGUUUCCCAGUCACAAGUCGUUCGAUCCUACGAUACGACCAAGAGGAGAACGGAAAUAGAAUAAAUGGUUCUCUCCUUGAUGAGUGGUGGGAGUAAUGGGAUUUGGAUCAAUGCAUCCACUGUUAACACAUUCUUGACUAGGGUUGGCAGCAGUAGCCAAAACACCAGAGAACUCAUUUCUGUGGCCUUAGCCAACAAGUUUCUGUAUUUUCCCUGCAAACCUUGAGUACAUAUUAUGGGGGGAAAUCGUCAUUUGAAUUCAGUCACAAAGCUCUGCCUAAAGUUUUGUUUAUGUUGUUAUGAAGCGUUUGACUGUGCUAUGUGAGGUGUGAAAUUAAAAACAAUGUUUUACCACUAUUUAAAACAUCAGCAUUAAGGUUGUUCUGGGAGAAAAGUAGGAAAUUUAUGUUCCAUGAGAAAUCAGUCUUUGCUUAAUUGGAACGGGGUGCUGAGAUUUCCUGUUUCGUUACACAUAGACCAAGUCAAGUGCACAAGGCUGCAUGCAGACCUUAUUCUUUCUUAAUAUUCACUCUUUACUGAUUUGGCUGAAAAUUUUAACAACUUGACAACUUUAACUUUUGAUUGCAACACAGUCUGUAGCUAAAAAUGCUUCCUUGCCUUCUUAUGAUGGAAUAACUCAAGAUAGGAAUUCAUUACCUGGAAUAUGUCUUUCCCUCUUGUAGGAUUUAUUAGGACUUCACCUUAGCUUUCUAAACCCCACUUACUAGCUUACAGAGCCAGGAUGUGGAAGUCAGAGCUCAUCAGGGCAGCUAUCUUGAGAGCAUGGUAUUGUGCACAAAAGUGAACUCAAAUAGGUUCAUCCUGGUAGCUCUUCUUGUUGUAUUUGGAUGUGCACUUCAAGUGAAGCCUGGGAAUGCCCUCUAUGAUCCCAUUCCUCCUUCAACAGCAGUACGAAACAGGGAGAACUUAAAAGGUACAAGCUCGUCAGAUGUUGACAAAGAAGAUGUGCAUCCUCACAUGAGGCUGAUACUGCAACCCUGAAGAAGCAUUCCUCUCACCAGGCAGGAUAGGCUUGCAAGGAAAGUUAGGGAGGGAUUACACACGUGCGCGCACACACAUGUACACCCACGGAGCUGGGCACUGCAAAGGAAGACCUGCUGUUUGUUUGUUCAGCCACACAAGUCCCUCUUCUAGAUCUGAUCCAUCACCAGGCUUCCCGACAGCCUGGGACCCGUGAGCCCUGGAGGAAUGCUGGCUCCACGGCCCCGCUCUGCCAGUGGGACAGGCGUGCUGCUGCAUAGAUUGGAAUUCUGAAAAAAAAGCAAAAACUGGGGCAUAAGUUAAGGCUGAAAGAGCUCUUAGAAAGCUUAUGCUGUCCUCCAGACAAGUUCUAUUAAUUUUAGUCGCCAAGCCACGUUUCUGAAUAGCAUAAAGUAAAUACUGCUGUGUUUUAGCCAAGUUUCGUGGUUAACGUAUGUAUUACAUCUGUGCAUUUAAAACGUUGGCCUUGUUUUUUGCCCUGUUGACCGUGAUCCAGAACUUUGUGUUCAUUUAAAUAUAUCCGAAAGCAAUUUGAAUAUGAAUAUUUGUCUAGCAAGGCAAAGGAAAACGCCAUCCUGGCCCACUGGCUUCAUCUUCCUUAAGGGCUGUGAGUAAAUCCCAGUGUUCAAGUGUCCUAGCUGAGUUCUCAGUGAUGCCUUGGAGGCUUGGAAUCCCCUUCCAUGUUAAAAAGCAAAUUUUUCUCCUUCAGCACCAGGCAGGAUUGCCCUUGGAUUUGGCUGGUGGCACAGAGGGAAAAGUCAUCACCUUCUUUCUGCGGUGCUAAUGAGACAAUUAUGCAAUAGGGGAAACAUGCAAAUAAUUUUGCCAUAGGCAUGAAUGUCAAGGGGCCAAGGGUGGGUGUAUGUAUUUUCUGGGAGAUUAAUUUUGUUUAAAGGCAUGAAUACUAGUGCAGAGAAGAAAUAAGGGAGAGUAAACCUUAUCCCAGGAGCUUUUAAAUCUUAGUGCUGAUCUCACCUGUUAAACACUUUUAUUUUAUUUAGAAACAAAACCUGUUUAGGAAAUGUGUGGUGUAAGCCUGUCCUUAAAACUGCUAAUUGUUUCUUCCUUUCCUAAUAACACAAGGAAAAUUAACUUCCCACUGAGACAAAGAGAGAUCAACUUAAUCUUUCUACUCUAAGCCACACACUAAACAUUGAUAUGUAAACAAUUUGGAGGCUUUUUGUGAGGAUACAGGAAAAAAAAACCACCUUCUAAAAACCUGUGGAUAAUGAAGAAGGGCAAGUAAAUGUCUUGGGCAGAGAACAGAAAGGAUCCUGGAGUCUUUUCUGUUCUUAACUUAGUGCAACGAAAGUUUAUGGAAUGUGCUGAGAGAUGCUGGGGAGGAGCAGCUGUCAUCUGAUGUGAUUUAUUUUAUUAGUGCAGACUACGGGCUGUAUCAUUUUGACCUCUCUGUAAAUUGAGGUCAGCGUGUGUCGCAAACACAAACCCUCCCAGGAGGGAAUAAUGGCUUAGAUGGAGGUACGUGUGUUGGAUGUCAGCUCGAUGGGAAUUACACAUUGGGUUUGUCACAGGGCUGUGCAGUGUGAGACGCUGGGGCUGGCAGGUCAGGCAUCAUCAUCACUGUAAGGCCUUAAUCUCUGGCUGAGUUAAUCCUGUAGAGCCCACCCAGGUCAAGACCUGGCAUUCUUGUUCCUUGGAGUCGUUACAGAAAUUAAUGUAUAAUAAUAGGCCGUUGCUUGGCUGUUGGAGCAGCUUGCCUGGGUGACCAGUGAUGAGGUGUGUUCGGUGCUGUGGUAGCCACAGGAGGAGGGCGGCCGCCCUGCGCCACCAGCAUUCCCUUUUGGUUAACACAAACUGCCUGCAGCAGUGAUGGCAGCCUUUGAAGGUGCCACGUGGAGCAUUAGCAGCUAGAUAGGGUAUCUGAGCAGACGAAAUGGGAGAUUUCUGCCUGGCUGUCCAGAGUUAACUGCCCAGAAGUUGGGGAAGAGGGUUUCUUGGGCCCGUCUCUGUGCUGACCGGAGUGGUGGAGGGGGAGGGUUGAAUGUUCAGAAGGAAGUGGUGGUUUUCCUGAAUUAAACCUAGAUCCGAUUGCUGCUUUUUGUAACACCAAAAUCACUGCUUACAUAGAAGCUGCUGUUCCUUUAACGAUUGCCUAGUAGCAAAUGAAAGCCUGUGAGCGGGAGCCUGAGCCGAGCACUGCUGAGAAGUCUGCUGACGUUUUCUUUUCCUUGACAGGGCUUCAGGUCCUGCUGUAGGGAGCUAGCAUGGGAAGUCAGUAAUAACUUGUCAAGGAGAAAUAGCGAAUAAAUAAUGAAAGUAUCUGAGUCAAACUUAGCUGCUAAUGUAUCUAAAAAUGUGUGUGGAGUUAACAUGAACUAUAUGGGCUGUAAAUUAAGGUAACAGUCAGUACUCACUAAUCUGCACUUCGCUAGACCACACGCCUCUCAGUGCACGCCAGAAAUGUGCAGCCUCUUCCAGCAGCUAAUAGCAGAUGCUGCUGGGAAGUCUCCUGUUACCAAGAUGCUAUUAUUUUUACAGCAGAGUGUGUUUGCUGGGAGACAGUCAAUGCUCAUAAAUAAAGAAGAGAAAGACCAAGGGGACCAGUGUUAAGUGAAGUGCAGGGACUACGACACGGUCAGUGACCACACUGGCUGCAACUUGGCCCGCUGUGGGCAAACCCAAGAGCUUAAGUGCACAGCCCUUACGCUGGCCCUGUCCUGCAGGCUUAUUUUGGGCUAACUCACCAAAUCUGCUCCUUCGCAUUGCCUCUGGUCACCAGUGCAGACUAGUGAUGCCUUAUUUACAUUUGCCCUCGGUUUUAUAAAUAAAUACUUAAUUUCAUUUUUAAAUACUGAGGGCUGUACUUGCCUCACAGCUCAAGCUUCAAGCAGAGCAGCCCUGGAGCGGGUGUUCACCCUGAGAAGCACUUUGGAUUUGUCAGUUUUCUCCCUAGUUUUAAGGCACUGAGGGUAUUUUACCUUAGUUUUGGAUCAUCAUACAGUAGCAGUGCCUUAAACUUCAGCCAGUCUGGAGGGAGAGCUCUUUGUGUCUUGAGUCCAACAAAUAAACGGAGAUGAUUUGAGAUACCUGAUGAGUUGGUAAAGAAUUUGGCUGUGUCUAUGCUAUACCUGAUGCUUCUGGGUAGUGGUCUGCUUCUGAAGCUUUGGCAUUGGCCAUGCAUAUUCCUCAGUCUUCAGACAGGUGGGCUACUGCAGUCCUAUCAAGAAGGAGGCCUGUACUUGCCUCUUCCAGAGUCUGCCAGUGCUGCAGCUCCAGGCCUCCUCAAGGAUACUGAGCACAAAGCAGGUCCAGACCUUGCUCCGUACCUUGUACCUGCACAAGGGUCUUUCUUGAGGCUGUGCCUGUCAAGUGAGGAGUUUUGAAUUCCGUUCCAGAUGCUGCACAACUCAUAACUGUUACUGCAGACAGGGUGAAGAGGUAUGCAAGAGAUGCAGACUCAGCAGGUUAUGGUCUUGUACUCAGCCUGUUCCCAUCCCACUGGCCAGGCCCUGUGUGAGCAGCUGUGACGCUUGGUGAGUGAGUGAAUGGGCAGUGCCACCUCUCUGUGGUGUGUUGCUCAUCGGCAGCCACAUUCCUGUUCCUCAGCAGCCCUCUGGGCAGGAGCUGGGCCCUAGAUCCCACUGUAGCAGGCAACGCUCCAACCAGGCUGAACAGCAGUCCCCAGCUGCUGCCUGGUCCUAAGAUGUGGUUGUCUUUGGCCACAGACAGUGUCUGGUGGGACUCUGCCAGCAACAGUGGGAUGUAAAACAGGAUGCUCCAGCAGCACAGCCCUACUGCUCUGAAAAUGUCCUGUUGAUCCUGAUGGGGCUGGGCCUUUGACGUGACCUGAGCUUUCAGACGAGUGGCUUCUUUCUGGAACUUAUUCUUCCUGGUGCUGUGCUGAUCUUUCUGGCUUGGCUGCAAGCAAUUCCUGUUAGAAUAGUGUGAAACAUGCCUUUAUCCAUUUUCUGUAGUGCACAGGAAGGGCUCGGUGCUUUCUUUGGUGGAACUGCACAAGUUCUUUUUUCUUCUUGGAGGUUUCUCCUUCUGUAUGGGGUUGGGGCAAGUCUCCCUGGUUUGAUUACACAGUCGUCACAGCCAUAUUCCACUUUUCUUUUCACUAGUUUUAUUGCUUACACUGACUUCUUAGAACUGAAUAGCUCCAGGAGCGAGAGAGCUCAGGUCCUCUUAACCUUAUUCUUCAGACACACAAAAGAGCCUCCCCUACCCUACCCUUCAGUGCUUGUGACCAGAGCUGUGUGCCUGGAGAAGGCCAUGGGACAGGUCAGUACAACAGAUGACAACAAAAUAAAUUCAUAUGGAUAUAGAGAAUGCCUUUUCCAUACCUGGAAGCAAGAUUAAUGGAGGCUUUGAGCCUUGUUGGCCAAUGAAAUGCAGGCAGUGCCCUGUGCUGCUUGGCCGCAUAAGUGAAUCCUGAAGGUGAUUGCUUCUCAGUGACCUGCUGAAAGCCCAGACAGCCUGGCUGGCUUUAUCUGGCUGGGAAUGUGCUCUCAGAUGGGUCGUCUGGAGGGGUGAAGGGACUGGGAAGCAAAAUAGGUUGGCCAAGACCACUGCUGCUGUUAAGAGGUGAGGGAGGGGAGGGAUUCCUCAGGCUUCCCUGAAGAGCUGCGAUAAAACUUUCUUCUCUGGUUCCUUCCUGCAGCUCUGGGAAGGGGAGAGCUGUGCAAAGCUGUUAUCUGCUGAAGCUGAGUUUUCUCUGGCACCAAGCUGAGUCCUGUGCUGGGAGAAAGGGAGGGCAUCCUUGGCAGAAGCCCCACUGUGUAGCACCCUUUGGCUCUAGCGGGUUGCUUCCGGGGUUAUGGCAGAUGGCUGCAUCGUUUACUGGCUGCUCUUUGCCUCAUGGACCCACAGGAAUGGAGCACUGACAUUAUUCCACUCCUUUCAUGGAGAGUCAACGGGACUUCUCUUCGGGUGUUGGUCCUGGGCAGGUUCCUGUCCUCCCAGGCUGUGCAAAGGGCUUGUUCCUCUGGGCCCAUGGGUCACCUUGGGAUAGAGGCCAUGGGGCUGUUUCAUUUGGAUCCACGGCCUGCUCACUUGCCAUUGUGGGCAAAAAGUAAAACAGACGCGUGCUGGUGUUUCUCCAAAUCCUUUAUGUAUGAAGAAAGUGAGACAGGUUCUCCUGAAGCCUGCAGCAAGGGGAUUGUUCUCCCCCUGUAGUUACUGAGGAGAAAUAGAAGUGAGUAAAUGACACAUUCUGUGUGGGCAAGCCCAGCUCUGGGGAGUCACACAGAAGUCUAACGGCGAGGAAAAGCCUAAUAUAUUGCCAAACUGUCACCGUGCAUAGCCAGAGGUCAGUACCCUUGUAAUUAUGGAGUGAUGAAACCAAGGGGAAAAGCCAACAUUAACAGAAAGACGUGAUUGUUUUAAAUUCUGACCACCUUACUGGGUGGCUUCGCUGCGAAGAUGUUCCAGAUGUUGUCUUGGCAUAAAUUAAUCAAUUUCCAAACAUCUGCAGGGUUUCUUAGAAAACGUGGAAUUUAACAGACAGUGCAUAUGCUGUCCUUUGCCCUUCUGCUGCAUGUUUUGAUUCAGGAAGGGAAUGCAAGCACUUGCUGUUCUCACUGUCAAGAGCUCAUGGGCUGGAAAGUUGCUCAAAGUUGUUGCCUAACCCUUUUUUUUUUUUAAUAAAAAAGGGCUCCAGAUACCAUAAAGCUCUGAAGCAGCCAAGCCCUCUGGGACUGUGUGUGCAUGUGUGUGUUGGGAGAGUUGUCCAACUUGAAAACCUCUCCCUGUCCCUCCUCCUGCCCCCGAAGUGAAGCCUGUUGUGCCGGGAGGUCAAAUAUUCAGCAGCUUGAGUGACAGGAUGUUUAACAGCAUCUUUUUCAUCAGUGAGCCGAGUCAUGUGCCCGCUUGUCUGUCAUAUCUGUACUCAAAUUGCUUAAAUAUUGUUUCAGAUGGGGAGGUUUUAAUCUGGAUAUGCAGAGAGGAGUAGUGCUGUGGGGGUAUGUUUAAUUGGCUCCCAGCAGAGCAGCAGUGGUGUGUGGGUUUUUUCCUCUAGAAGUGUUACCAUUUUCACAUCCCAUUAAUGUCCUCUGGUAGUUUAAAUACAGCAUCACAUUACAGUGGAGUUUGUUUCCCUCCCAGACUGAAUACAAAUGAAGGUCAUUUACUUGUAUUUUUAGAAGGUUCGGAAAACUUAGCAAAUUUGUAGCUUUGAACAGCAUUGUUCACUGUUGUAUGUCUGCAGAAAAAUAUUUCCAAUAAACCUUUUAUUAAAGCAA